AACUCGGAUGCUGUGAGUUUUGUUCGUAGAUUUAGCUAUUAUCCCCUUCUCUUUUUCGGUUCUGAUACUUCUUCGGACUUCAUUGAUGUGUUUGCCCUUACGCAGAGCAAAUAGCAAUGGACGAACAAUCCCAACUCCUUGAAGCCGCUACAGAUUUCGCCCACUACCCUGGUUCUCAUAGUGAUCAUUCUGCUACACAAUUUCUCAAUCGCUUCCCCCUUCCACUCAUAAUCAAUGCAUUGCAGACUCAAUUUGAUGUGCCAGGUCUUGAAAGUACUCUAGUUCAAUGCCUUCAAAGGUUAUUCAAAACUAAGUUGGGUGCUUCCUUGAUUCCACAGUAUAUGCCAUUUGUUCAAGUUGGUCUGCAGGCAGAUUCUCAAGCAGUCAGAUCCUUAGCUUGCAAAACAGUCACUUGCCUUCUCAAGAAUCUUGACAAUUCUCACACAGUUGCUGCUCAUCUUAUUAAAGAAUUUAACAUAUAUUCUCUUUUGCUUGAUUGCCUUAUCAAUGGAAACGAAGAUGUGGCAGCUGCGGCAAUCAAUGCAAUAAAGAAGUUGGCUAGUUUUCCUGAAGGCAUGGACAUAGUCUUUCCAUCUACCAAAGGAGGUGAUACAGACCUUGGGAUCAUAGCAUCACAAUGUUCGUCACUGGGUCGAGUUCGUGUAUUGGCUUUAGUGGUGAAGCUUUUCUCUGUAUCUACCUCAGCAGCAUCUGCCAUAUACAGUUUAAACCUACUUAAAUUGUUGGAAGCAGAAAUCAGAAGUGCAGAUGAUACCCUUGUAACUUUAAGCGUUUUCGAGCUGCUGUAUGAGCUAGCAGAGGUUGAGCAUGGUGCAGAAUUUUUGUCAAAGAGUAGCCUCUUUCAACUGCUUUCAUCGAUAAUUAGUGAUGAUUCCUCGGAUUCAAUUUUAAGAUCAAGAGCAAUGAUGAUAAGCGGAAGGAUACUAUCCAAGGAAAUUACAUACUCUUCCAUAGAUGAACCAUGUGCUAAAAUUGUUAUUUCCUCCAUUGAUGGUAGACUUCAGUCCUUGGAGGACCCUUCUAAUAGAGAUGAAUUUGAAACUGCACUUGAAUCGUUGGGUCAAAUAGGAUUAUUUAUCAGAGGAGCUAAAUUACUACUCUCAGGCACAUCACCUGCUGCUAGACAUGUUAUUGAUGCUGCUUUUGAUCGACAAGGACCAGAAAGGCAUGGUAGACAACUGGCUGCAUUGCAUGCUCUUGGAAACAUCUCGGGUGAAACCAGAUCCGAGUCGGACAUCAUACUUGAUGCUGAAGCAGAAGAUAACUUGCUGCGCUUACUCUAUGAAACAGCAUCUAGGAGCUCAAAGCUGACACCAUCGGGUCUUUUUCUGUCAGUUUUGCAGCAAGAUUCAGAAAUCCGUAUAGCGGGUUAUCGAAUGAUAAGUGGAUUGGUGUCUCGACCUUGGUGCUUGAUGGAGAUAUGCUCAAGACAAGAGAUUAUAAAUAUUGUGACCGACCCAAGUACCGAAACCACAAAAAUAGGAAUGGAAGCUAGAUAUAACUGCUGCAAGCGGAUCCACAAAUCAUUGACGCAGUCUAGUGGAGUUUCUGCUGAUCCUGCUUUUGCGGUAAUAGCUGCUAAGCUGCAAGAAGCUGUAGGAAUGGGUCCGUAUCUUCAUAGAAAGCGGGUUGAAGCUCAACCUAUUGUGAUGACGGCCGAUAGAUUUUAGUUUUCGCAAGUUGAUCUUGUAAUAUAUUUGUUCUUUUUAAUGCCAUUUGCAGUGGUAUGGACCAGAAACGUUACUACUAUUUCCUUCAUAGCCAUAAUUUUACAAGGAUGAGAAAACGCAGGUCUAGACUGUAGCGUUUGGUUUUCUUGUCGUUUAAUUAUUAUUUUUUUUGUUGAUAA